UUUCUCCUCUAUCUCCGGACAUUCACCCACUGUUACCAACGGCGGCCCAGCACUCUACACCAAACUAGGUGGCUUCCAACAGAUCAUCUGAAACUCCAGCUUGGGCUUCAACUGGUUAGGUCACUAGAACCUCACAUUUAGGCGCACCCAUUGCUUGUGCCACACCUUCAAGUGUCGAUUUAAGCUUUCAAUACCUAUCAUUGAGUUGCGAUAGACGAAAGAUGGCUGACAUCCCGCUUCAAAUCGUCUCUGACAACUCGUCGUCCGAACGACGCAUCACCCCAUCCUGGACCAUUAGUCAACUCAAGUCAAAACUUGAGUUUGUUACGGGAGUCCCGCCAUCCUCUCAGCGACUGUCGCUUAAAACUGCCAAUAAGGCUGUCGUUCCCAUCGAGGCUGCUGACGAGGACAAUGUCUAUUUGACCAGCUUUCCCCUGUCUCCCUAUGCAGAGCUACACGUAUACGAUACAAGACCUGCUGGCGCGCGGCCUAACUACACUGACACCUCCAACGUUGAGAAGUAUGUCAUGCCAGAGGAUGAGUACGAGAAGAAAACAGACUCUGUUCUAGCUUGGAAGAAAGCAGAGAAGUUAGGCCGUUUCAACCCUGAUGCACCUAGUCUUGAGCAGGCAAAGAUUAACGCCGUUCUCCAAGAGGUCGAGAGCCGUGGCCUCGCGGUGGGCAAGAGAUGCCGGGUUGGCGGUGAAGACUCGCGCAGAGGAGUUAUCAUGUACAUCGGUGAUGUCCAAGAGAUCCCCGGAGGCUUAGGCGCCUGGAUCGGUGUUCAGCUCGACGAGCCGGUUGGCAAGAACGAUGGCAGCAUAAACGGCAACCGAUACUGGGGUCAGGAAUCCGCCUUCAAACAUGGCGUCUUCGUUCGCCCUGAACGAGUCGAGGCUGGCAACUUUCCCGUACUUGAUGACCUCGAAGACAUGGAGGAGAUAUGAGCUUUCAAGUUGGUACUUGACCACUCAUCCUGGAUGGAUUGCUAAGUAGAAUUCUUAAGAUAUAUCGGUAUCUCUUACCAAGGUGCAAGAAGAACUUGUCCAUUUCUCUUGCGGUGCAUGUCCGAAGUGAUUGCUAAUGCUAGAUGUGGCAUAUGGGCUUAAUGCAGCCACGAGUAGACGAUCAAACACAAGUGUGGCAAUUAGCAUCAUAACCUGGCCACACGCGAAAU